UGUAGUUAGUCCUUUCCUCUCCACUCAAAGCUGCCGUGUGUCCGAGUCCAGGCUACAAAGUAGCUUCGACUUCUUCAGUCAUGGCUGACCAGGCUUUUGUGACGUUGGCUACCAAUGACAGCUAUGCUCGGGGUGCCAUGGUUUUGGGCAAGUCCCUCCGCAACCACAAUACAUCCAGGAAACUGGUGGCACUCAUUGGUCCACAGAUGUCAGAGCCUUGCCAGACCGUGCUGAAACGGAUCUACGAUGAGGUUAGGCUGGUGGACGUCCUGGACAGCGGCGACACGGCGCACCUGGCCAUGAUGAAGAGGCCUGACCUGGGCGUCACCUUCACCAAACUCCACUGCUGGACCCUCACACAUUACUCCAAAUGUGUUUUCAUGGAUGCAGACACACUGGUGCUUUCAAAUAUAGAUGAGCUGUUUGACAGAGAAGAAUUGUCAGCUGCUCCCGACCCUGGCUGGCCUGACUGCUUCAACUCCGGUGUGUUUGUUUUCCGUCCUUCUAUGGAGACUUACGGCAAACUGCUUCAGUAUUGCACAGAACACGGCAGCUUUGACGGAGGAGACCAAGGUGUUUUGAAUGGUUUCUUCAGCGACUGGGCAACAGCUGACAUAUCAAAACACCUCCCCUUCAUCUACAACCUCAGCAGCAUAGCCAUCUACACUUACCUUCCAGCCUUCAAGCAAUAUGGUGGCAAUGCCAAGGUGGUCCACUUCCUGGGAAAGACCAAGCCGUGGAGUUACACAUUCGACACCAAAUCCAAACAGAUGACGGGAAGUGCACAGGAGGCCACGGCACACCCCACCUUCCUUGUGGAGUGGUGGACCCUGUUCUCCAGCGCUGUGGUGCCCAUGCUGCAGGAGCAAUACGGAGACCAGCCUUUCUACUCCGGAUGUGUGGAGUCCCGGUACAGUGACACGGUCACUUUUGAGAGUGCACAGGGUACGAACGAGGCUCCUUUUGCGCAAGCACUCGAGCCUCAGAUGUCCUCAGAAGAACGGAAGCAGAAAUGGGAGCAAGGGCAAGCAGACUACAUGGGAAAGGACUCAUUUGACAACAUCAAGAAAAAGCUUGAUACUUUUCUCAAAUAAAGAAGCAGGGAAACGGGAUAUCAAAAGAGCGCCUGAGUUUAACAAACUGGCACCACAGGUAUUUCAAGAAAAUACUGUAAAACAGCUUGCAUUUGUCCCUCCCUAGCUGUCUCUCAACUACACCAGUCGAGUCACUCCCUCCACCAGCAUUACCCCCAACCAAACUCCAAAGACAGCGCCGUUUAAAUGUUAAAUAAAAACUUAAAUAAUGUGAACGGCUUUAAUCGUCUAUGCAAGCCUGUUAUUCAGUUCACCCUUCCACAGGUGUCUGUUCUCCUACACUGUGAAGAAUCAGCAAAGAUUUAAGAUGACAUGAAUAAAAAAAAAUUACAAAAUUCUUUUUUUUCAUGUCAGGGCUCUUUUUGUUAAAAGGAAAUGUAAACAAGAGCUAAACGGAGUCAAUAGUAACUGUGUGUAAGAUUAGCAAUCACUUACAUAAACAUUCUUCAUUAUUUCUUUUUUUUUUUUUACUAUAAAGUCAUCUAGCAGUCUUCUGAGCAUUAAUAAUAAUUCCUUUCUCAGUUUUGUUUCUUGGGCUUUUGAACUGAAACAGCCUUUGUUUCACAUAGAUUUGAAAAACCUGUUUACAGCACCUUUUGACGGCCAUAGUAUGGUCAUUUAGCCAUACAUAUUUACUAGGUCCUCCAUGCCUUAGUGUCUUGCUCUGUCUUUAUUUCCAUCAUCCCAUCAGUUCUUAACUAGCAGCUUCUCUGUAGGACUUUAGAUUUUUAACUUUCUAGUGUUUAUUUGAUCACGAUGUUGGUUGCACCACAAAAUCUUUCAUGUGGAAAUAAUAAAAACAUCAUUUAAAGUUAAAA